UCAAAACAGACCACGAAAAGAGACGAACGAAAAAUGGACUGAGGCUCUGUCAAAUAAUUAGUUUAUAUUGAAAUUCAAUUGCUUUAAUGUGUAUUAGGACUGCUGUAAUAUAAUAAUAAAUUAAUAAUGGACUACCUAGUGAAUAUUAACUGGAACAAAGUUACACCAUGCCUUGUUUUAUUAGUACUAGAAGUAGUAUUAGAGUUUUCAGACUGCGCAUCCCCAGCGGAAGUUAACAAACACCUCGAGUUAGGUCGAGACUUCUUAGCGCGGGGCCAGCUAUCAGAUGCCCUGACACACUAUCAUGCGGCUGUCGAGGGCGACCCACAUAAUUAUCUCACAUACUUCAAGCGGGGCACAGUGUACUAUGCACUUGGCAAAGCCAAGUUUGCCCUACAAGACUUCACUAAGGUGUUGGAGUUGAAGGCUGACUUUACGUCAGCGAGGCUGCAGAGAGCCAAUGUCUACCUCAAACUAGCGCAGUACAGAGAAGCCCAGGAGGAUUAUUUACAAGUUAACCAAGCGGACCCGUACAACGAGGAGGCGAUAGCGCAGUACCACAAGAUAGAGCAGUACGUGGAGGACCUGCAGCUCGCGGAGGCCUACUACCGCGGCGGCGACCACCGCGCCGCCGCAGACCUCGCCUCGCGCCUGCUGGAGGUGUCGCCCUGGUCCGCACACCUGCGGCAGCUCCGAGCCGAGGCGUACAUCGCGCUGAACGACCUGUUCUCGGCGGUGUCGGACAUCCGGUCGGUGAACCGCCUGCAGCAGGACUCCACCGACGGCUACUACCGCCUCGCCACGCUGCUCUACCAGCUCGGACACGUCAGCGACGCACUCAAGGAAAUCCGCGAGUGUCUAAAACUAGAUCCGGAGCACAAGAAGUGCUUCCCGUUCUACAAGAAAGUGAAGAAGGUGGACAAACUGCUGCUGGAGUGCGAGGAGCUGAGCGAGGCGCGGGACUUCACCGGCUGCCUCGCCAGCGCCAACAAGGUGCUCAAAGUGGAGGACGAGGUCACGCUCGUCGUCUUCGAGGCUCGCAGGUGGCUGUGCAGUUGCUCAGUCAAGGAGGAGCUGUACACGGAGGCGCUGGCGCAGUGUAGUUCAGCGCUGGAGCUGCGGCGGGAUGCCCGCUUGCUGUGCGACCGCGGCGACGCGCUGCUCGGCCUCGACAUGUUCGACGACGCAAUCCACUCGUUCAAGGAGGCCCUGGAGCUGGAGGAAGGUCUGCAGCGAGCCAAGGAUGGACUGAGCAGGGCGCAGAAGUUGCAGAAACAGUCCGAGCAGAGGGACUACUACAAGAUAUUAGGAGUUAAAAGGUCUGCGAGCAAGCAGGAGAUAAUAAAGGCGUACCGCAAGGCGGCGCAGAAGUGGCACCCGGACAACUACCAGGGCGACGAGAAGAAGAUCGCAGAGAAGAAGUUCAUCGACAUCGCCGCCGCCAAGGAGGUGCUGACGGACGCGGAGAAGCGCGCCCAGUUCGACGCGGGCAGCGACCCGCUGGACCCGGAGGCGGGCCGCGCCGCGCCGCCCUUCCACAGCCCCUUCCACCACUUCCAGCACGGCAGCCCCUUCCAGUUCAAGUUCCACUUCAACUAGGCACCACCACCACCACCACCACCACCACCACCACCACCACCGCCACCACUGCUCACCGCUCACGUGAGUCCACCGGCGUCUGUACUCAUCACUUUCGUUGUAAGGGGGUUAUUACAUUAUCAUAAUGUAGAUUUGAGAGAAAAAAGAAAGAAUUUAAUCGACGAAGCACGCGACCCACACUAGCGCACAAAACAAGAACAAAAGAAACUAAAACUAAACAUAACAAAAAUAAUAUAAAAAUAGAAAGCAAUUAAAAUAAAUUUAGUUCAAUUGAAGUCAAAAUUUAAAAAAAAAGCAAUAAUAAUAAAUAAACAAACAAAUGGUUGAAUAACUCUUGAAUCCAACAUCGAUAUCAAUCCAAAUCUAUUGCCAAUGACAAUUUUACACUGCCCUCAUAAAACGACAAUGAGUUUACAGGGUACAGAGGAAUAACACCUGAGUCCUCAGGAAUGGCAGCGUAUGGAGAGUAUCAUGGGCGAAACAGUAUACUCUGCUAUGUCCACGGUACUGCUCAUGUCUAUAGGCGACGGUUACCACUUUCCAUCAGGUGGGCCGUCAGCUUGUUUGCCAUUCUAAGUUGUAUAAAAAAAAAGUUGGGAAAGUUGAUUUGUACUCGGCAAACGCAAAUUCAUAGUGUUAAUGUGAUAGUGAACAAAUUUACUUAAAUGUAUUUUAGUUGAAAAAGCUCGACUAGUUUCAGGAUCGUCCGGGACCCUUAGUCUCUAACUGCAGUAAACGUAAAUUAAUCCGUUCACUAUGACAUUACAAUACGUUGUAUAUUUCCGAAACUUUCAAAAAUAUAUAUAGUUUAUAGCUUAUUAAAGAUACUAGCUCGCUCUCUCAGUGUCUUACUCUUGUCCAUAAAGAGCGAUAUAGCUACAGAGAGUGAUCCCUUUCUACACAAUAAUCCAACAAAUUGGGAAACUAAUUUGAUUCCCAAAUGUCAAAUAUUUCGUUUUUUUUAGCUAGUAUAAAUAUAAAAUAUGUACUGAUACAUAAAAAAUGUGUAUUUAUUUGUUUAAAAAACCAACUCUACUAAUUUUCAUAAAAUUUGCCUUACAUAUAAUAUUUUGUAGUGGAAAAAUCAUAAGCUACUUUUUAUACCAACCGCGCAGACGAAAUCAGAUGUAAAAAUAAAUGUCACAUUUUGUGAUAAUGUAAUAACCUCUUGUAAAUAAAAAAGGCUUCUUAAUUAAUGAACAGCAAUUGUGUAAGACUUUAAACGUAUCAAAAUGGGCCAAGUAUCCAGUCUAUAGACUAAAAUAAUGUAUGGUGGGGCAAUCUAGGGAAUUAUGUUGUAUAUGGCAACAUCUCAUUUAUUCACUCACACAAUGAUUUUGUCAACGGCUCUGAAAACUAACGCUUCUGAGACAUUUUUAUAAGUAAAAAUUUUUUCCAUUGUUUCGACGUAUCUUAUUUUGGAGUUACCUCUAACUCAAAAUCUAAUCCUAAGCCCAAAUGAACGUAAAAUAAUUAUGCUGAAUAAAAAGAAAACGGGUUAAAUCAAGCACCAACAACACUAAGUUGGCAACACGUUCCCCGCCGGCGGCUGUGUCGAUAGCCCAGCUGUUUUAUCUUGCAAUUAAUUUGCCAAAGGUUGAUUUGAAGAAAGCUUACAUAACCUACAGGGAUAGUUCAGAUUGCUUUGCGAAAGCUUCCAGUUGGAUCUUAAUAAAGUUUGAGGCCAGCAUUUAAUUUAUUAUUUAUUCAUUUGCUCAAAUAUUAAAAUUUGUAUAUAUGUAUCGUUACGUCCAUAUUUUGGAAGGAUAUUCAGAAACAAAGGUUGUUAAAUGCUCGCACGAUCAUUCGAAUCAAAUUAAAACUCGUAUUUUAAAAUUUUUAUAAAUACACUUGUAUUAAUAUUUAUAAAAAUUUAACUUGAACCACCUCAAUUUUCAUUUCCUCAUUUUCAUUCGCCUUUGUAUAGACCCAACUGUCUUCAUGCCAUUAAAAAAAAUUAGAUUGAAGGUCAGUGGUGCCAAUUUUGAUCUGGGCUUUUACUGCGAUUGACAUGUAUUAUAUGUUUAUUAAUGUAUAAUUAUUUACUGCCAGAAAAAGAAAAUAAUAUAUUUUUUUUUUACCCAAUUCGAUUUAGUGAAUAAUUUAUGCACCCGAGAAAUCGGUCAAAAUCACUAUCAAUUCGAAUGUAUAUAGUAUAAUAGAAUACUAUAUAAAUCGAAUACAUAGUCGAAUCGCGCGAAAUUAACUAUAAUUAAUGCUUGUUUUAUAUCUAAUUCCAACCCGAUUGUUUGCUACUAAUGGAAUGCUAAUAACUUUACACUUCAGCAAAAGUACAAAGUGCAUUUGAAAUAUAUAUACCUAUGAAUAUAGAUCUAUUUGAAAAGUCACUAGCACAAACGCAAAGUUGUUACAUUGUAUAUCAGAAAUAUGUUAAGAUAUGCAAAUAUCAGUAAAAUAAGCGAAAGAAAGAAUUUUAUUUAUUUGUCUGAAUAUUACUUGAAAUUAACGUAUGGCUACAAUAUACAUGAGUUUUUAAAAUUAAAGAUGUUUCUGAUAACAGAUUGACAAAUCGACAAUUGUAAUAAAAAACAAAAUCCGCUUUAAACAAUUUAUUUAUAAAUAAUAGUAAAUAAAAUGCAAUAAAUUGAUAAAAUAAAUUAUAUUGCAUAAUUAAAUCGAAUUCUAAGUACACAACGAGUUUAUUGUCACUGUAAUUUUUAUUUUAACUGACAGUUACUUAUCUCAUAAUGUAGCCGCCAUCUUGUUUGCCAUUAUCAAGAUGGCGGCUGAUCUCGUCGAAGGUUUGUUACAUUUUUGUAUCCCACUUGACUCAUACAAAAAUGUUAUAAACACCACCUGUGCCACUUACAUUGUUAAUCCAUUCAUGAGGACAUACAGAAUGUUGAAAAAACAAUAUUUAAUUAUACUUAUUAAUUUAUUAUCAACAAAAUGUCGAACCAAGUGGCAUUUAAGCUAUUUUAGUUAAAGACAGAGUUAUGUAAAUAAAUAAAAAAUGCAAUUACAAUAUUUUGAAAUGUAAAAAGUGUUGGAACAAGCUGAAAAAUAAUACGUACUUUAUUUCAGUACAAUCAGUAACAUAUGGGUGAGCAUUUGUUAUGUUUUACACUUAGAUUAUAUAGAUAGGGUGUCUCCAUACAAAUGCUUCGAGAAAAGAGGGUCAACUUUUUCAUACAAUUUUGCGUGCGUAAAUAGUUGCUAGUGAUUCCUUUAUAACUUCCAUAUUUAUUUUGUCUUAUAAUUUUUGCAACUUUUUAAUGUGUAAACACUCAUUUUAUUUAUUAAAUAAUAAGUCAAGAUACAUUUUCUGCGUAAUUAUAUAGAACACAGAUAAAAAAAAAAACGAGUCAGCUAAUUUGACAAUUGGCUGACAAAAAGUUGACCCGUUUUUGAGGUCCGAUGCUCUAUCUAUAUGAUGUAAGGGUUUUACAUUAACCGUCUUACGAUCUAUGUACAUACACAGUCAACUUUGUUACAACCAUACAAAAUGUCACGAACAUGAAUGUCAUCUCUAUGCUAUUAUGCAGUUUGUUCUAUACUAAAUUUUAAUUGCACAUUACAAAAAUAUGUAUUAUAACAUUGAUUUAUGUAAUUUAGUAUAAAACAAACUGUAUUGUGUAGCAAUUGUAAAUUGUUAGCUGUUGUAAGUUCUGGUGCUUUAAUCAUUUGUCAAUGUGAUGAUUAAAUUAAAGUGAUUCAGUUUAUUAGAACUGAUAUGUAUUGACAAAUGAUAUGGAGCAAUACAAACGACUGGAAAAUAAUGUUAAGUCCGUUUUCUAUCGGAUUAGUUAAAUUGAACUGUAGUUAACGAAUUACAUUGUAUUGCAUUGUAAGCGCCUUGCAGUCAUAAUAAAUAUUUAUUUUAAUAAGUUAUUGUGAGUCAUGAACUUGUAAAUAUUUUAGAAUAUAAUAAGAUAUUAUUAUAAA